AGGCGCAGAAAGCCAAAACCCCCACGCCACGCAGCGCUACUCCUCUCACGAGUCCCGUCAUUCCCGUUCCCCAACGCCAGCACGGCCACCGCCACCGACAUGGCCGCCCCCCGCCCCCUCCUCUUCCUCCUCGCUUUAUCCCUCGCCUUCGCCGCCACCUGCUGCGCUCACAACAUCACCGGCAUCCUCGAUGGCUUCUCGGAGUACUCGCUGUACAACAGCUACCUCUCCCAGACCAAGGUCUGCGACGAGAUCAACAGCCGCAGCACGGUCACCUGCCUCGUGCUCACCAACGGCGCCAUGUCCUCGCUCGUCUCCAACCUCUCCCUCGCCGACAUCAAGAACGCGCUCCGCCUCCUCACCCUCCUCGACUACUACGACCCCAAGAAGCUCCACUCCCUCCACGGCGGCUCCGAGCUCACCACCACGCUCUACCAGACCACCGGCGACGCCUCUGGGGACAUGGGCCACGUCAACAUCACCAACCUCCGCGGCGGCAAGGUCGGAUUCGCCUCCGCCGCGCCCGGCUCCAAGUUACAGUCCACCUACACCAAGUCCGUCAAGGAGGAGCCGUACAACCUCUCCGUUCUCGAGGUCUCGGACCCCAUCACUUUCCCCGGCCUCUUCAGCUCCCCGUCCGCCGCGUCGAGCAACCUCACCGCGCUCCUCGAGAAGGCCGGGUGCAAGCAGUUCGCGCGGCUCAUCGUGUCGUCCGGGGUGAUCAAGACGUACCAGGCGGCCAUGGACAAGGGGCUGACGCUGUUCGCGCCCAACGACGACGCGUUCCAGGCCAAGGGCCUGCCGGAUCUGAGCAAGCUGACCAGCGCCAACCUCGUGACGCUGCUGGAGUACCACGCCUUGCCGCAGUACGCGCCCAAGGCGUCGCUGAAGACCAUGAAGGGCGGCAUCCCGACCCUGGCGUCUACCGGCUCGGGGAAGUACGACCUCUCUGUCGUUACCAAGGGCGACGAUGUGUCCAUGGCCACCGGCAUGGACAAGUCCCGUGUCGCCUCCACAGUGCUCGACGACACCCCGGUGGCCGUGCACACGGUGGACAGCGUUCUGUUGCCGCCGGAGCUCUUCGGUGGCGCGCCGUCCCCUGCACCCGGAGCGUCAGCAGAUGCACCAGCGUCGGCUCCUACACCAGAAGCCUCCGCGCCGGCGCCCUCUCCUAAGGCAGGCAAGAAGAAAAAUAAAGGGAAGUCACCGUCGCAUUCCCCACCGGCGCCGCCAGCUGAUUCCCCUGACAUGGCCCCAGCCGACGCGCCGGAUGGAGACGAGGAGGCGGACAAGGUCCAUGACAAGAAGAACGGCGCCGCUGCACUGGCCGUGAGCUUUGCUGCCGUGAUAGCCUCUGUAGCUCUGGUUGGCGCGUCGUUCUUGUGAGCUGCCGAAGUGUUCGACAUUGAGCACUCUUCUGUCUCCUCUGGGCAUGCAUGAUGUUGUCAUUUUGAUGCACUCCGUUCUUGCUUGUGUUGUGUGGUUCGUGGGCAAUUGGAAUGCUCAGCUGAAGUUGUUUCAUCUUGUUGGUUUGCUGGUUGGGAUUGAAUCCUUAGGUGGUGCCGUGGAGACGGUGAUUGUGAUGACUAUACUGGUAGUUUGAGUAACCCCGAUUCCGAAUAAAUCAUUGAGUUUGAUUGUGCCAUGCU